ACUCGCACAUCGAGUAGUCGGCGCAAUGUGCAGGAUACGGCGCGAGUGGCCAGUACAUCAUACAAUGGUGUAUUGGGACCAGAUGUAGUCUCGGGCCAUACGUCCAGCGAAGUGAUCGACGUACGAGCUUCACGUCGGACAUCGAGACGUGUACCACCUGUACCACGCGCAUCGAGUGAUCAACUCGAAAUGCAGGAUACGGGUGACCGUCGCAGCCACGACAUCACUCGGGAAGCCAGUACCUCGCGCCGCGAAGUACUGGGACUGAACCGAGUGUCGACCGCACUGGAUCGUUCAGUAACCGUUGAUGUGAGUCGAUGGCCGAGUGACAAGAGGUCGCGCGAGGAAUGCUUCAGCCUCCUUGCAGACCAACUUGACCACGACUUCGACGAGGCCGAUGUUGCGGCGAGUGUUGGCGAGUGGGACAUCUGGGCUCACUGCAAGAGGUCAGCACUUAGCUGUGGGCAUGCCAUCGAGGAGAUGUCCCCGCGACCGGGGACAUAUUCUCGUGCAGCUCGUCGAGCCUGGGACCACUUCCAGAGGGAGUUGGAAGUGGUUCCACUCGAGUUCGAUCCUCGGCUUGUUGCACCACUUCCUAUGGAGAUGGUGCGACAUUGGGCCUACAACAAGCUGGGAUGGCUUGUUGUACCACCUCAUCAACAACCAGUGGAUGAGUCCGACUGGUACAACUCCUCUGAUGAGGAGCCUCGUACCAUGACUCGUGAGGAGUACCCUGACCAUCUCGUGGGAUCACGAAGAUCUGGGUCUGAGGAGACCAACUCAGUAGUAGUCUCUGACUACUAUGAGCAGUAUGAGAUGGAGGAUACCCUCAGCUCUUCUGCACUAUCUGCCGAAGAUGAGGGUAACUCUGAAGAUGCUGACUACUACUCCGAGUCCGAGUAGUAGUUUACCUUAUGGCCUGCAUAACCUUGUCGAGUUAUGUACGACAAUGAUGAAUGGUUGUGUCUGCUCACUGACGCGAUCUAACAUGUCGUUGUCUACAGUUCAACAUCAUCUUUGUUUGCCAAUUGCUACCACCGUGGGUUGUUGCAUAUGUCUCCUUUCAUUUUCCUUUUUCUAUCUGUUUCUCUGGUUAUUGCUGGGACCCGUGGUCGUGUCCAGUGGGGGAGGGUGUAACGGAUAUUCCCGUUACGGUAUGUCUUACAUUAAAUGUUUGUCUUUG